GCAGAUCUGAUUGCAGGAAGUGUCCAUAGUGAGGAAGGGAGGGAGGGACGCUGACUGAACAUCUGACGCGCUAACUCCAGCAGCUGCCGACGUAUCGGCAGAAGGAGGCUCCCGAAACUAAUCAGAAGGGCCGUCCAGGAUCUGAACCAUCAAUCGGGUUUAUGACUUAAGGCGAUCAAUCCUGAACCGUCGGAAGAAACACGGAAGUGUAGUUCACGGUCAACGCUUUUUUUUUUCCUCAAAUUUUUUUGACUUAUUAUCGGCUUCAACAUCAUGGCUGAUUGUAACGUUAGCAUCGACCAGAAUAAACUACCUGGAGUGAAAGAGGUGUGCCGCGAUUUUGCUGUGCUGGAGGACCACUCACUGGCCUACAACCUUCAAGAACAAGAAAUUGAGAGCCACUUGGCUUCCAAUGUCCACAAGAACCGGCUGGUGCAGAAGGACCUGAUCGUGGCCAAGAAACUACAGGAGGAGGAGGAUGAGAAAGCCAAGAUCAAGAGCCAGAAGCAACAUGGAGACAUUGAGCGGCAGGAUAAUGAGAUCGCACAGGAAAUCCAGGAGGAGCUGAUCCGACAAGCAGAGCUUCAGCGGCUGCAGGAGGAGAAGGAUGCGGCUAUUGCUCGUAAGCUGCAGGAGAAGGAGAUGAAGGAGGAGAGGAGGAGAAAGAAGCAGCAGGAAUCCAACUUGGACGAGGACUACUUUGAGGAUCAUGGAGCUGCAAGAAGCCUUGAUGUGGACAAAUGUAUACGCCAAAAAUCAGGGUCGCCUGAGCUGCGUGGUGCGCAUUCUAGUGUGUACUCGGGGCGGGAUUUCUCUCCCGAAUAUUAUUCCGCAGACGCAAAAAGGAGCAGGUACCCAAGACAAGACUCAGCUGCACCCCAUACCCAGGUCAAAAACACUGAGCACUACUCGAUGGCAGAGGGAGGGCGUAGCCGGCAUGCAGACACACAUCCAGAGCCCCUGCCUGCCUCCAGACCCAGACAUGGUGACAAGUAUCCCGUCUAUGAGAACGCACACGCUCCUAGAGGAAAGAACUACGGGGGGGCGGACUCAGAUGAAGUAGUUAGGAAAAAGAAAAAGCCAGAUAGACCACCUCCACCUCAAAUUCUCAUAGAAAGGGACAAGACUUUAGACAGAGAGAGAACCAGACAUGACAGAGAUGGUCAAAGAGAGCUGGAGUGGCAAAGGGAUUUAGGCAAAGACUCCAGAAGAGGGAGGGAGCAGCACCUGAAGCUGCAGAGAGACCCGGAAAAAUCCAGAGAGGGGGGGCACAGUGGAGACAGGCAAGGAGAGAGAGACCGCCGCAGACAAAAACAGCAAGUACGAGGCAGGAGCAGAGACAGGGAGCUUGAAGAGGACCUUUUGGAGCCUGAAGAAAGCAAAGACUGGUUGAUGGAGAGCAGUGCAUCCUGGGAAGAUGAGGAUGUCGGGAGGGAAAGGCGGGACAAGAACCAGCCGCGAGUCUACUCCAUCUCCAACAAGCCUGUCAACCCGUUCAGGAACGGUGAAGACCAAGCAAACUCACAGGAGUCCUGGGAACCUGGACAUGGGGGGGUUCAUGGAAGGGAACGCAGUUAUAGCGCCCCGAACACAGAGACAGGUCGUAUUCUGCACAGAGGAAGCGCUGCUGUCAUUGGGCAAAGUGCAGAGUUUGGACUGAGUGAGGCGACCCAAGAGCUGACCAAGCUGGAUCUUCGUGAACUCGAGCUGCGGGACAUGGAGGUGGCAAAAAAGCUGCAGGAAGAAGAGCUGAAGGCGAACAGUAUGCAUGUGCGUGCAGCCCAAGUGGCACAAGAUGAGGAAAUUGCUCGAAUCCUGAUGGAACAAGAGAAGAAGGAGUACAGAAAGAUUCGAGAACGGGAAAAAGAAAAGGCGCAGGAGAGGGAGAGAUUGGAAAGGAGACGACAGGAAGGAGAAUACAGACCAAAGUCAGAGGAUGUAGUGCGACCCAGAACGCGAGAAGAGCACGACCACCAGAGGCAGAAAAGUCACAGCAAACCUACCAGGCCUCCUCAGCCUCGUAUCAACGACUAUGAGAAUGUUGGACCUGGUGGGUAUGGCUACUCAGAGCAUCAUCCGGUCAACGCUCGCCCUCACACGCGACCCGAGGCUGCGUACAAAGGGGCCUAUCAAAAGCGGUGACUGAAGCUCUCCUGUAUCCAGCCAGAUGUGCCGACACGUCACAUCUGUACAUCCUUUUUUUAUACAUCUAUUUUUUUAAACUCCAUGUCUUCAGCCGUUCGCAGAAGUCUUGACACGAGGAUAAAAGUUUCCACUUUGUUUUGUUUGUAUCAGGGGGGAAGUUGGCCUUAUUAUGAAGGAUUUGAUCUAAUUGGUGGGAUCGCUUAGCAUAUUUUUAAUGUUUGUUUUCUAUUUGUGGGUGUGAUUAUUGCAAUUUUCCUUUUCUCAAUUACUUGAACUUCAAAGUAGCCAAAAGAGUGUCGCAGUUUUGCUUUGUAAGCUCCCAUGAUUCAAAGCUGUUGAAGCGGGGUCCUCGCCGCUCUUGUGGCCGUGUCCUCGUGGACCUCGCCAUUGCAAGCCGGCUGGAACCUGGCAGUGGGAUGGCAUUGUUGGGACGUGCCAGCUGCCGCGGCGUCUUACGUAAGAUGACACCCUGACGAGCAGGCCUCCUCCAUGCGCCGCAUAGCCGGAAAAAAGACGCAUUUAUCACAACGCUGGUUUUUCUGGCAUUUUCUACUCACUCCAGCCAAAAGGGGGUGGAGUUUUGACCACCCGUGGACAGGAACCUGGCUGUUGGCUGUCUUUUGCUGCUUGUUGGGGGCCACUUUAAAGCCCCACCAUAAUCAAAAGUGUUCUGACUGUAUAGGAAUCACUGUCUCUCUGUGCAUGCUUACUGAUACUGUACAACUGUGUACAUGCUUUUUAGCUAUGUGUCAAAUAUUCUUAACAAUCAUAAAGGGCUGAAGCCACAAAAAGCCAAUAAUAGUCAGUAUGAAUGAUCAAAAAUAUCCUAUUUCUGUACAAAAAAAUCCCUUUUCUGCUGCUAUUUAUUUGAAGAUGAGAUCUACAGUCCAAAACUGAAAUGCAUGCUUGUUGCUUGUUUGUUAAAGCUGAAUUCAUUUUUAUUUUUAUGGACUUUUUUUGUCUGUUUUUUUUUGCUAACUUGCUAUCAAAAGGGAUACAAUUCUUGUGGAAAAAGUCCAUCUUCUUUGAUGUUCCAAAGUCAUGUCAUGUACUUUUUAUUCUGAGGACCUUUCUAUUUAUUUUUGAUUAUUAUGUGUCGAUUUUUCCGCCCAUUGUUCCUUUUGAUCUUUCGCCCCAAGCGUUUUCCCGCUGUCGCUUUGAGGCCUUUUUUUUGUUUUUUUAAGUCAUCGGCAGACAUCUGCCCGCAGAAAGCAAACACUUCCACCGUUCACCCAGGAGGAGGAAAAUCGGCCGCUUUCCUGCUGAAAUGUUUGACAUUUUUCUGUUCAUAUUGAAUAACAAAAAUGAAGAGCACAGUUCAUAUUUUUAAGUUAAUGUGAAGACUUCCAGUCCUUUGCUUCCUCCAAGUUCAUUCUUUGUAGUAAAUGUGGAUAUAAUUGUGUAUCAGCUCCAGUAGCAGCAGUCAGUGGUGAAAGAAGUUGUAUUCUAUACAAAGUGUUGUUGAUAGACUGGGAUAUGUGCCAUAUCUUUUUUUUUUUUUUCCUUCAGGGACUUCAAAUGGGUAAAGCUUAAAGUUGUGGUUGUUGCCACUCCCAUUAAAGUGGGACUGAGUCUUCUUUGAGGAGAGCACCACUUUGUGGACACUUUGAGAUUAAAAAGAUAUCAAAUAAGUGCA